AUGCAAAACUAUGUUCAGCCAAAUAAGAAUGAUCCAUCUAUUAUUGCCGAACUCAAAAUCCAAUUAUUGAACAGUUUGGAAGAGAAAUUUGCACCGUCAAUCACCGAGCUUCAUUGGGCCGCUUCCUAUCUCAAUCCUUCAUUCAAAAGUUUUUCAUUUGUCAAUGAUCUCGGAUAUUUAGAUAGACAGAAAAAGGCUGUGCGAAAAGGUGUUCAUGUUUUGGCCACGGAUUUAUUCGAUCAAUCAGAUGAAAUUUUAAGUUCUACAACCCAAUCAACUUCAGCAUCGACUAAUACACUGCUGUCGAAACGAGUCAAACAAGAUCCUUUUGCCGGUUUUCGUCAAAAGAUCGCAUCCUCAUCUCCCACUGUAUUAUCAACUAAACGUGCGUGGACAAUCGAACUUGACCGUCAAAUGCAAGUUUACGAAAACCUUCAACUUGAUUCUGAUUACAGCAAUAAUCCACUUUCGUUUUGGAAGGUUCAGAAGGAUACUAUUGGUUUGCUUGCCAAUAUUGCCAAGUCGCUUCUUGUUAUUCCAGCGUCAUCGGCUGAAAGUGAACGUCAUUUUUCCAUUGCGGGGCAGAUUGUUACAGAACAACGUAGUUUGCUCGAUCCUGAUACAGUAGAAGCUCUGGUCGUUCUCAAAGAGUUUAUCAAUACAUUUCGAUCAUCCAUCGAUGCAAAUAGUGCAGAUUCUCGACCAUUUGAUAUUUUUAAACAAUAUUUAAAAGAAUGUCUUGACGAAACUGAUGAUUCUACCAUUCUUCCAACAUUUAUGAAAAAAACUAUUCAAAUUGUUAUUACAUCAUCAACAUCUACUGUUCAUCAUCUCGUAUUUACAAAGAUUGUUGGUCUUAUGAUUAUUUAUCUCGAUAAUAUAUCAUCGGAAGCAUUACUCGAUAUAACACAUGAACUAAUCGAAAAAUUAAUUGAAUCAUCCACAAACGCUGACAUGUUCGUUAUUAAUACAAAAAAAUUUUGUUCACACACAUAA